UCUCCCCUCACCUCUCUCCCCUCACCUCUCUCUCCCCCUCACCUCUCUCUCUCUACCUGUCUCCCCUCACUCUCUGUCCCCUCACCUCUCUCUCCCCCUCACCUCUCUCUCUACCUCUCUCCCCUCACUCUCUCUCUCCCCUCACCUCUCUCUUUCUCUCCCUUCACCUCUCUCUCCCCUCACUCUCUCUCUCCCCUCACCUCUCUCCCCUCACCUCUCUCUCCCCCUCACCUCUCUCUCUCUACCUCUGUCUCCCCUCACUCUCUCUGUCCCCUCACCUCUCUCUCUCUCUCUCUCCCCUCACCUCUCUCUCUCUCUCCCUUCGCCUAUUAGGUCUUCCUGCCUUGUUCCCGGGUGCUUCUGAAGCGCACAACUGCGUUGACCACGGAGGCAGAGCAAGCCUGUUGAUCCUUGGCCGGGAUUCGUGGCUCUGUGUGUGUGUGUGAGAGAGAGAGAGGCGGUAGAAGCAGGAGGAAAGGCUGAGGGGUGGAGCCAGGCACAGACUGAGAGAGACAGAGAUCUGAGCCAUGUGACGGCCACUGGCGUUACAGCCCCACACUGUCGGCAAGGACAAGCACUGGAAAACUCCGUCCCAGCUCAUCCACUCGGUGUGGUCAGCUUGUCCCGGUCGCCUGAAGCCGGGUUGAAGCUCCCCGCGAAGACAUCUGACAGCUCAAGAGGCACCCAUGCAGGCUGACAGUCAGUGGCCCUGCUCACUGUGAAGUGCCCACGAGAGGACAAGAGUGAAGGACGGCAAGCUAUCACGAGCCAGGCGGGCAGGAGAGAGUUACGCUGCUUGUUAUUCCGGAGAAACGACUCAUUCAGCUGCGGCUUCACUGAAGAAGGAAGCCUCACCAGACGUUCGGGACAGCGGCGAGUGACUGCGCAGGCGUGUGACGUCACCCGGAAGCGCGCGGGCGAUUUAAAAAGCAGACGAGCAUAUCCAGCGGGCAGCGUCCGAGCGGGCAGCGGAGUGAGAGGGAGCAGAGUGGGUUCGGCUUUGGCUCAACGGGCUUCGGCGAGAGCGGGAAAGAGGCGAGAUUAUAGAGAGAGGGUUGAGGUACUGUGUUAUGACCAGGUGAGAAGGAUGUCUGCAGAUAAUGAUUAUGGAGAAAGUUUUUUUAUGCACAUACCAACCCUGCUGGCAGGCUCGAGCAGGAGUCAACCGGACAGCCGGCCUUGGAAAGACAGGGAUACCGGGAGGAAAGCAAGAGCUCGGACAAUUACUCGGAAUUCCUCGAUGGGGGGCAGCUCACAGCUACUGGAAUGGAAGUGUGAAACUGGAGGACGACCUCUUUUCAGCCAACCAGAGCUUGGCCGAGCAGCAUGCCGUGAAGCGGAAGAAAGGGCCCGCCCCGAAGAUGCUGGGGAAUGAGGUGUGCAGCGUGUGUGGGGACAAAGCCUCGGGCUUCCACUACAACGUGCUCAGCUGUGAGGGCUGCAAGGGCUUCUUUAGACGAAGUGUGAUCAAGAGUGCACGGUAUUCCUGCAAGAACGGUGGCCAGUGUGAAAUGGACCUGUACAUGCGGAGGAAGUGCCAGGAUUGUCGGCUCCGGAAAUGUCGGCAGGCGGGGAUGUUGGAGCAAUGUGUCCUGUCAGAAGAACAGAUCCGACAAAAGAAGAUGAAGAAGCUGAAGGAAGAAGUGAUGAAAGCAGUGAAGGUGACCCCAGGUUCCCUGUCUGGCUGGGACAUUCCCAAACUCAACGCGGCACAAGUUGAGAUGAUCAGAAGACUGGUCACCGCUCAACAACAGUGCAACAAGCGUUCCUUCAGUGACCGAUUGAAAGUGACCCCUUGGCCGCAGAGCAUUGAUGCCCACAAUCGCGAGAUGAGGCAGCAGAGAUUCGCGCACUUUACAGAACUGGCAAUCAUCUCAGUCCAGGAAUUAGUUGACUUUGAACAGGUGCCAGGGUUCCUGGAUCUCACCCGUGAAGAUCAGAUUGCUCUGCUCAAGACUUCCACUAUUGAGAUUAUGUUGCUCGAAACAUCACGGAGGUAUGACCCUCAGAUAGAGUGUAUCACCUUCCUGAAGGAUUUCAGUUACAACCGAGAGGACUUUGCCAAGGCAGGACUGCAGUUUGAAUUUAUCAAUCCCAUCUUUGAGUUCUCAAAAUGUAUGAAUGACCUACACUUGGAUGAUGCUGAAUAUGCUCUGCUAAUCGCCAUCAAUCUCUUCUCAGCAGACCGCCCGAAUGUUCACGACCACGAGCUGGUGGAAAGGCUGCAGCAGCCUUAUGUUGAGGCGCUCCGCUCCUACACACGGAUAAAAAGACCGGAUGACCACCUGAUGUUCCCACGAAUGUUGAUGAAGCUGGUUUGCCUGCGGACCCUGAGCAACGUCCAUUCCGAGCAAGUCUUUGCACUACGGCUACAGGAUAAAAAAUUGCCACCCCUCCUGUCAGAAAUCUGGGACAUGCAGGAGUGAUUGUGGGACUGACAACACAGGGCCCAUCUCGCUCAGCCAGGGAAGGAGUGCCAUGGGUGGUGGGGUAAAAGGGGGUCAGCUCACAGUGCAGAGAACACCAACCGUAAUUGUCAAUGCAACAGUCUUACAGUGUUGAGGGAUGCUUUCAAAUGAUUUUUUUUUAUGUUGGAUGUAGAGAGAUCCAUUUUGCUAUGCUUUGGUAUAAACUCAUUAGAUGAUUGGUCUAUUUUCACAUCAACUAAUAGUCUUAAUGAUGCUGUCAGACUCUGACCAGGAGCAGGCCGGUGUCUGCCUGAGAUCAACAUGAUAGAGCAUGGAGUCAGCUGCUCCCAUCUCUGGGACACAGACAGAUCACCAAGGCUGGCUUUGGAAAUGCACUUUAUUCAUCACUGCACGGCACCAGGAAGUCACCAAGAGAGAUCAGGUGACAGGGUAUGUCAUACCAGAAGCCAGCACCUUAUUUACUAAUGCACUAAAAGCAAGCUAAUAACUCUUGUAUG